GAACCCUGUUUUUAAAGUGUGUAUGAUUAUCGCAGUUGCUGCAGUAGCGCGUCAGAAAUAGCGCACUACCCUUAGAAGCGCACUGAGUAGUACAGAAUGUACAGUGCAGUGUAGUAGUGCUCGGUUUGGGACGCGGCCUCCGGCUGCCGUGUUCUUACCGUAAAGUGUAGACUAGCUGCGCCCUCGGCUGGCUUUUCAGUGUAUUUACGGGAGUGCUGAAGCUCUGCCUCCCGCAGCGCUGCUGUUGAACUCUUACCUACAGACUCGACGCGACUUUGACUCCUUUACGCGACCCUGGUUUAAUAAAAACUGCCCUCGAUGGCCGUCCGGAGUUUUUAUCUCCCUCAGAGAAGAUCAAAGUCCCUCUAACGCUCGGCAGAAAAGCUGAAAACCUCCAGACUCUGCAGAACUGUAGAACCCGAAGAACCUAACCGACUGAAGUGGGUUUAGUGCUCAGCAAUGGCUCAAUAUGCACGAACGAAAGGCUCGAUCGCCUUGAUCACGCUCACUAACCCCCCUGUGAACGCGCUCAGUGCUGCGGUGCGGAAGGGCAUCACUGAGGCGGUGGCGCGGGCGUUCAAGGACACACGCGUGAAGGCUGUGGUGCUGUGUGGGGAAAACGGAAAAUUCUGUGGAGGUGCUGAUAUUAGAGAGUUUGCUAAGGCCAUGUCAGGGCCUCCUCUGGUGCCCAUGAUCCACGCCAUCGAGGCCGGGGAGAAACCAGUGGUGGCAGCCAUAGAGGAGAUGGCCCUUGGAGGGGGGCUGGAGCUAGCACUGGGCUGCCAUUACCGCGUGGCUCACGCUAAGGCUCGUCUGGGUCUUCCUGAGGUCACUCUUGGUUUACUCCCGGCGGCCGGAGGAACACAGCGUUUACCUCGACUGACCGGCAUCCCCGCAGCUCUGGACCUCAUCACUACAGGUCGCCACAUUUCCGCCCAGGAGGCCCUCAAGCUCGGCAUCGUGGACCGGGUGACCGAAGGGAACGCUGUAGAAGCUGCUGUGGAGCUCGCACUGAGCGUUGUAGGUCGUCCCCUGGCCCCCCGCAGGCUGAGUAACCAUGCCACCCCUCUCCCUGCGGAUCUGGAUGGUGUAUUUGAGGAGGUGUUGGUGCAGGUGAAGCGGCGGGCGCGCGGUGCGAUGGCCCCAGUGGCCUGCGCGAAGGCGGUCAGAGCGGCGGCCGAGCUGCCCUACAGUCGGGGGCUGGAGUGCGAGAGGGAGCUGAUGAACACGCUGUUUACCUCUGGUCAGGCCAGAGCCCUGCAGUACUGCUUCUUCGCCCAGAGGGCUGCUGGGAAAUGGAGUCUUCCUAAUGGAGCUCGGUGGGACAACAGCAGGCCCAGGGCAGUCCACACAGCCGGGGUCAUAGGUUUGGGCACGAUGGGCCGAGGCAUCGCUGUCUGUCUGGUCAAGGCGGGUAUCUCUGUGGUUGCGGUGGAGACGGAGGAGAAGCAGCUGGAUUCGGGCAGGCGGGCAGUCAGGGGGAUGCUGGAGAGAGACGCCAAGAGACGAGGGGUCACUGCUCCUCUUCACAUGAUCACCUUCACUCUGUCCAUGCAGCAGCUGAGGGAUGUGGACCUGGUCAUCGAGGCCGUGUUUGAGGACAUGGCGCUGAAGAAGAGCGUUUUUGCCGAACUGAGCCGAGUGUGCAGACCGAACGCUCUGCUCUGCACCAAUACUUCCGGACUGGACGUGGAUGAAUUGGCUUCGGUCACUGACCGGCCCCCUCUAGUGGUUGGGAUGCACUUUUUCGCACCCGCUCACGUGAUGAAGCUCCUGGAGGUCAUCUGUGGACCUCGAUCCUCACCUGAAACUGUUGCCACGGCGAUGACCCUGGGGAAGAGGCUGGGCAAGGUGAGCGUUGCCGUGGGAAACUGCCCGGGGUUUGUGGGUAACCGCAUGCUGAAGUUGUACUUGGACCAGGCCCACUUCCUGCUGGAGGAGGGUGCCUCACCUGAGCAGGUGGACCAGGCUCUGGAGGAGUUCGGCUUCGCUCUGGGGAUCUUCAAAGUGGCCGAUCUCUCCGGGCUGGACAUCGGCUGGAGAGUUCGGAAAGCGGCUGGACUGAUUGGGCCAGAUGUUGACCCAAAGUUCCCCUCACGCCAUCGCCAGGGCCGCAGGUACUGUCCUCUGCCGGACCUGCUGUGUGAGCAGGGCCGUUUGGGUCAGAAGUCCGGUCGUGGCUGGUACCUGUAUGACUCUGCGGGCGGUAAAGAGGCGAGGCCGGAUCCGGCUAUCAGCAGCUUCCUGCAGGAGUACCGGCUCCGCUAUGGCAUCUCGGCCCGUCGCAUCACUGAGCAGGAGGUGGUGGAGCGCUGUGUGUUCGUUCUAGCUAACGAAGGGUUCCGGAUUCUGGAGGACGGCAUGGCGGCAGCGCCUGAGGAUAUUGACAUGGUGUACGUGUUUGGGUAUGGUUGGCCCCGGCACCGCGGAGGGCCCAUGUUCCACGCUGCUCAGGUGGGCUUAGCCACAGUGCUGCAGAGGCUGGAGUUCUACCACAGACAGAACCCGGAUAUCCCCCACCUUCAGCCCAGCACCCUGCUCAGGAGACUGGUGGGGGCAAGAAGCCCCCCCAUGCAGCAGUGGAAACAACACAUCAGGAGCAUCAACAGCCAGCUGUGACCUCACAUACAGCACCAUACAGCAAUUAUUAAUAACUCAUAAUAACAUCAGCAUCACAAUACAGCACCAUACAGCAGUUAUUAAUAACUCAUAAUAACAUCAGCAUCACAAUACAGCACCAUACAGCAGUUAUUAAUAAUUAUUAAUAACCUCAGCAUCACAAUGCAGCACCAUACAGCAAUUAUUAAUAACUCAUAAUAACCUCAGCAUCACAGUACAGCACUAUACAGCAGUUAUUAUUAACUGUUAAUAAAUUUAGCAGCACAAACAGCACCAUACAGCAAUUAUUAAUAAUUAUUAAUAACCUCAGCAUCACAAUACAGCACUAUACAGCAGUUAUUAUUAAUUGUUAAUAACUUUAGCAUCACAGUACAGCACUAUACAGCAGUUAUUAAUAAUUAUUAAUAACCUCAGCAUCACAAUGCUGCACCAUACAGCAAUUAUUAAUAAUUAUUAAUAACCUCAGCAUCACAAUACAGCACUAUACAGCAGUUAUUAUUAAUUGUUAAUAACUUUAGCAUCACAGUACAGCACCAUGCAGCAGUUAUUAAUAAUUAUUAAUAACUUCAGCAUCACAGUACAGCACCAUGCAGCAGUUAUUAAUAGCUCAUAAUAACUACAUCACAAUGGAGCACCAUAAUUGUUAAUAACCUCAGUUUAUACUGUCAUCCUAAUAGUGCACCUAAAUAAUAAUAAACUUUAGUAACUGCAUAAUCACAAUACAGCAGGUAUUAGCUUCUGUAAUAACUUCUAUAAUAGCUGUAAUCAACACAGUACAGUAUAGCGGCGCUGCUACUGACUAAGGCUGCGUUCACACGGCGGGUAAAUCUGAUUGUUCUGUCUGGUCAGAUUGUCUUAUGAACGUGGUCUGUAUGUGACGUCAGUCUGAACAGAUCAGCUCCUAAACUGACCCUCAUGCUCAGAAGAACAGCGUCACGCUGCUUCACGGCUCAUCCAGAGGUAAACAAUCACAACCGCCAACGAGCGCCAGUCGCUCCCGGAGGAUCAGCUUCAUCUUCACCAGCAUCACAGGAGCAUCAUGAAGCUUCACUGACCGACAGCUAGGCUCAGAAUGUGUCCGAGCCGUGAAAAGGGCGUGGUCACUUCGUUGGUUCGUGUCCUCGGAUUUUCUAAACUUUCUGACUUUUAACUGUUCUGACGCU